ACAUGCGUGAGAGAGUUCAUGAUGGUGGAGGGUAGGCUGUUUAUAAGGGAAAGUAGGGUUAAGACUAUAGUUGUUUUAGAGUAGGCUAAAUUUUGAAUUAAUAUUUCAUAUAUUUUAGAAUGAAAAGGAAGUGCUAUCACCCCUGUUUUUACCUACUGCUGCCAUGUAUCGCCUUACCAUUUUAACUCUAGAGUUCAUUAUGGUCGGUUUUCAGUGUGCCUUGUUGUGAUAGCCUUUAUUUAAAUUGUCGUUCCGGCAGUGUCUGGAUUUUUUUUACCACUUUUAGAAGAAAAUAAAUUGAAAAAAUAUUCUCCAUAAUCAUGUACCAAGAGAACUCAGCCUGUUGACUUGUGUAUUACUAACUUGACCGCAUGACUACAUAUUUUAAAAUGGCCAAAGCAGAAAUCCCAAGUAUUGUGGUUCACAGUGGGGUAAACAGCAGCAGUUGUAGCAUUUUCAGUAGUGGAAAUUCUGUGAACCCAAUAGAAAUGGAAUGGAAGCAGACAGAUAGACAUGUAAAGCUAGCCAAGCAGGAAGGAGUAGAGUUAGAAGAUGAAAGAUAUAGUAACACAAUUCCAGUGAAAAUUUGUAUUGAAGAUGGAGGAGGAAGUACGAAAGAACUGGAGUGUAGCAAUAGAUAUGAUGAUGAUGCAGAGAAAGGAGAAGAUGGAGAUGAAACCACAAGCAGUGAUGGAGAUGCAUCUUCAAGAACCCCAAGCUCAUCUGGACCAGGAUCUAGACAAUCACCUGUUUCAAAUCACGUCGUAAAGGAAAAGCCUCAGUCUCGUGCUCAUCAGCGAGUUAAGUUGCUGGUACGUAGUCAGGCUGUUCGAGAUGACUUGUCUCCUCCUCCUGACCUGGAGGGGUUGAGCACCAACAACAAUAUGUUAAGUGUGACAAAUGUUUCAACUUUUACAGUGCAGACACAGACCAAAGGGUCAUCCAAUAGACACAAGCUUAAGAAACAAGGUAGCUCUCAAGGAAGCGUUGAUGAGUCUUCUCCUACAUGGUCAAGAGACUCUAGUACAGAAACCUAUACAGAUUCUACGGGGAUUAAUCUGCAGCAGUUCAUCAUUGAGACCUUGCACAAGAAUCAGAAAGAUCGUUUAACAAUGUUGAAGAUUGAACAGGAAAUAAUCAGUCUUAUAAAAGAUAGCAAGAGACAGUCUUUCAAGUUUCCCCAUAUGAGCUCAUAUCACCGGAUGCUAGUCCACCGUGUUGCUGCAUACUUUGGAUUAGACCAUAAUGUAGACCAGAAUGGAACUGCUGUCAUUGUAAAUAAAACAAAAAACACACGAUUACCUGAGACAAAAUUUAAUGAUCUUAUACAUGAUGAACUUGUACCAGAUGAGCCAAAGAAAUUAAUUCUUAAGCGUGAUAGUGUAUGUUUUGAAGAUGGAAAAGAGAAGAGCCCAGAGAGACAGUCAUCAGUAGAUAGCAGAAAAAGCAAAUCAAUUGAAGAAAGAGAAGAAGAAUAUGAAAAAGCAAGAGCAAGAAUAUUCAACCAAGAUUCUUGUUCUUCACUGGAUGGGAAUGUUGAACUUCUUGUGGCUCCCUUUCAAGAUGGAUUGCCAAACUCUAGCUUGCGAAGUAGCCAAGAAGAUCUAUGCAUUUUGGGAGUUGAUUCUCGGCCAUGGAGUAGCACUGAUUCUGAUAGCUCUGGUCGUCCUAUUAAUCAGGAUGUUGGUCAAACUGGAAAUAAAAGUCAAGGCAUUAUUCUUUUAACAAAGUCAGAGUCUGAAGGUAAAGAACUUCUUGCACCAAAUCGAGAUAACAAACCACUAAUUACUAAAGCUAGUAGCUUUGCAGGAAUAUCUGUUCUGACUCGGGACAAGCCUACAGAUAAACGAUCAUCCCCGAAACUGACCAAAUCAGAAUCCUUGAAUGUGACCAACUUGAUAGGACAGCAUAUAUCAAAUGGCACUGGUUGUGCCUCUGCUGUUGUAUCUUCUUGUCAGGGAUCACCUGGUCUAACGUCUUCAACUCCAAUUACUUGUCAAGGAAUGUCAGUCUACACUGUAGUGGCUUCCGGCAUUCCUGCAUCAGUAGUUCCCCAAGUAUUGAACACCCAGACAAUGACAGCUCAGAAGGUAUCUAGUCAACCUGCAUGGCUAGCAGAUGGUAAGGAUCAAACUGUAUCAAACUUAUGUCAUCCUCCUGUGUGGUCUGUUUCCACUGAAUCUGUUGUUUCUGGCAAUGUUGUCAUCAGUGCUCAGCCUGGUGUACAACAAUCUGUUCCUGUCAAUGGAAAUCUACCAUGUCCACCAAUCCAGUCUCAGGUCUGCCAACAACAGCCUCAACAGUUCCAUGGUACACUAGCUCCAGCUUUUAUUUAUAUGCCAUACAUCCCACAUUUGACCCCAGUGCAAGGGACUUCACAACAAGGCCCUCUAUCUGGCACAGAUCAAAGAACAGUGAAUUCAAAUCUAGGGACAAAUGGAGUUACUGACCUCAGUAGUCAGAUGUCAGCUUUAGGUUUUACAGCAUCUCAGCAGCAAUCGCAAGAUGUGACUGGAGCAAGUCAGGGAACUGAACCAGUUCCAACAUCUACGGCCUCUUCAGUUCUAGGAUCCCAAGGUUACGUUGUGACACCAGUAAGGCCUCAAGCUAAGCAACCUGGUCCAGUAUAUUACAUUCACCAGCACACAUCAUCCUUAACUCCAGCUCAUCCAAUAAGGUACAUUUAUCCAGUGAUGCACUUUCUCCAGCAGCCAUCAACGGUCAUAUCUGGAAAUGUACCACUUGGUGCUCAGAAUCUAGAAAAUCAGGGUCUUCUGGGUCUUUCAGGUCAGACUUAUGUUCCGACAUAUCCAGCUGCCAGCAGUGGAGAUGUUUCUAGUGGAUCAUCUGCAUAUCUAAACUGUUCUCAGACUUGUACUUCUACUGUUGCUCUUUCUCCUUCAGUGUUCACAUCCACCUCACAAUUAACUUAUUCCAGCUAUCCUGGCAGUAACUUGGUUUUUACUACUCUCACAGGAACUGCUAGUCAGACCCAGUCCAGUGGCUACAUCUCUUCCCUUCCUGUUGUGCAUCCUCCAACAGCUAAUGUACCAAUAUAUUUUGUGGCCAGUGGUGAUAAUACUGCACCUUUACCCCAGCCGUCCCAACAGCCUAAUAAUACAGGCUGUACUCCUUUUCAACCCCAGAACCCUCCAUCACAGAAUUCUAAUCAAGGCCUCUCUGGACAGGUUCCUUCUUUAGGUAGUGUGGCUCCAUAUAUUGGCUACAGUGUUUUUCCCCCAUCACAGUCUCAACAGUCUCAACCUACACUAACAGCUGUUAAUUCAGGGACACUACCAUCUAAUCCGUUUCCAACCAGUUUGAUGGCUCCUAUCCCUAUGAUUCGGCCAAGCAUUCCUUUCAUUAAUAAUGCUCAGAAUAACACCACGCCAUCUCAAGGCUUGUUUUCAUCACCAUUUGGAUUGGUUCCCUCUAGUAAGGGACCAGUUAAACCAGGCGAGGGAAACUUGACUGAAUCUGUUGAAGGUUCAGAUGUUCGACUUAUUGGAACACCACUUCUUCAUCAAUUUAAUCCACUUAUGAUGUCACAGAAUCAACCCCUUCCUAGAUUUCCAAAUCUGCCACAUAGCCAGGGAACUUUGCCCAUGAACAAUCGACCACCUAAACUCCGAAGACAAAAGAAUAGGGGAAGCAACUCUAUGAGCAAGACUACAUCCAUACCAAAUGAUUCACAGGUGCUUGAGGAAGUAGGAGGGAAUUGUAUUUUGGAAGUGGAAGGGCUUCCAGAUGGUAUGAAACGCAGUGAAGUGGAAAGGUUUCUUGAGCAGGUUGUCAGUCAAGGGGCCAGAAUUGAUUUUUUGUGCACAAAAUUGGGAUCUGCUACUCCUGCAGGAAACGAUGUUAUCUUUAAUUCCAAAUUUAAAGUGUUGGCAGUAUUUGAAUCGAGUACAGCAGCUCAGAAUGCACUUCUGAAUAUUAAAACCUCCAAGUUUCAGCUGCGCCCUCCUCGACAACAGAGGAAGGAUAGUGUUAAAAAUGUAAGCUAAGCUGACUUAAUGAAAGGAAGAUACAUUAUUCCAAACAAACUAUUUUUGUAAUUGAAAUAAGAUUCCAUAUUUAACUAUGAACAUGAGCUGCAGAAAACGAUUAAUUUUACCAUUCUUUAGCUAUUAAACAGCUCACCAAUCACCGAAAGAAGUAAGAAGAAGACUACUUCCAGUUGCUACAUUCUUUUUUUUUUCACUUCACAAACAGAAGCCAUAAUACCCGUUUAAUCUACUGGAAUUAUUGCUUUGUUUAAUUUCUCUUUUCUUAUCAGAUGGUAAUUGUAGUCUUCUGUGAUUCCCAGAUUUAAUGUUGAAUCACAAAAGGCUCAAUGUUUUUGAGGACUGGUCUUUGUUGUUACACCUUGAUUGUGUUUUAUCAAUUUGGUGUUAUAAAGAUUACUAUUAUUAUGACACAGUGGUUUGUUGAACCUUUUAUAGUAGUAUCAGAUCCUUUUUUUUUUUUCAAGUUGUUUUGAUGCUACCAGCUAUUUUUAUUUUGUGUUGCUGUCAAUUCUUCCAAUAAGAGAUGGUAGAAAAUAAAACCAUAUUGAAUGAACUAGA